ACACCGUCGCGGAGUUUUGCAUCGGGAGCGACUUCAAGAACCAGGGGACGCAGACCUUGGACACGAUCGCGCCUGCGGCCUGCGCCAUGGUGGUGCGCGGCAGCGCGGCGGAGGUCGUCAACCUCGGCAUGCAGCAGGUCUCCGAUGACGUCCAUGCUCGUCUCGAGGCCCUCGCCCGUGCUGUGGAAUUUGUUCCUGCGCCCCUGUGCGUCCAGUACGCGCCCCCGCCGGAGUCCCGGCACGACGAUGUCUUGAUGGGCGAGACCACGACGGCUGCGGAGGAAUACUUGGACGAGAUGCACGGUUUUCUCCAGGUGCUCCUGCACGAGUUCCGGUGCCUCACGGGGCUCGCUGAUCUCGACCCUGACCCUGACCCGGAAUACCUCGACCAGAUGUUCUAUGGAGGUGUCGCCCUAGGCUCCAGC